GACCGGAGGCGGAACCUUCCGUCGGUAGUUGUUUGUUUUUUAACGUUAGAGUAGAUUGGCCGUCAUGGCGGAGGUAGCUGCUGCAGCUGGAGCUGGUUUGGAUGUAAACACAGCUGGAAACCCGACAGAAGUCGCCAUGACGUAUUUACAAGACGAGAACACCGAUGGCGACAUGGUGAACCUCAACCUGGGAGAACUGGACCUCACCACUGAUGAGUUCAUCUUGGAUGAAGUGGACAUUCACAUCCAGGCCAAUCUGGAGGAUGACCUCGUGAAGGAGGCGCUCAAAACGGGCGUUGACCUUCGGCAGUACUCCAAACAGGUGGAGUCGGAGCUGCAGAGGAUCGAACAGGCCUCCAUCAAAGACUACAUCAAGGAGAGUCAGAACAUCGCUCUUCUGCACAACCAGAUCACCGCCUGUGACUCCAUACUGGAGCGUAUGGAGGGCAUGCUGAGCGGCUUCCAGAGCGACCUGUCCUCCAUCAGCAGUGAGAUCCAGACGCUGCAGCAGCAGUCGGUCAGCAUGAACGUCCGGCUGAAGAACAGGCAGGCGGUACGCAGCCACCUCAGCCAGCUGGUGGACGAGCUGGUGGUGCCCGGAGCCAUGAUCUCCACCAUCCUGGACAGUCCCGUGACGGAGCAGGAGUUUCUGGAGCAGCUCCACGAGCUCAACAACAAGAUCAACUUCGCCAAAGAGCUGAGCUUCAGAGAGACGCUGGCCUGCUCCGACAUCCAGGACAUCGUGGACCGCCUCAAACUCAAGGCGGUGUCAAAGAUCCGAGAGUUCAUUCUUCAGAAGAUCUACUCCUUCAGGAAGCCGAUGACCAACUACCAGAUCCCACAGAACAGCCUGCUGAAGUACAGAUUCUUCUAUCAGUUCCUGUUGGCCAACGAGAGAACGGUUGCGAAGGAGAUCCGAGACGAGUACGUGGACACGAUGAGCAAGAUUUACUACAGUUACUUCAAGUCGUACAGCGGCAGGCUGCUCAAAGUGCAGUACGAGGAGGUGGCAGACAAAGAUGACCUGAUGGGAGUAGAAGACACAGCCAAGAAAGGUUUCUUCUCCAAACCGUCUCUGAAGAGCAGGAACACCAUCUUCACGGUGGGCCAGAGGGGGGCCAUACUGAGUCCUGUUGAGCUGGAGGGGCCGAUCCUGGUUCCACAUACAGCCCAGAGAGGAGACAGCAGGUAUCCCUAUGAGACGUUGUUUCGCAGCCAGCACUACGCUCUGCUGGACAACGGCUGCAGGGAGUACCUCUUCCUCUCCGACUUCUUCAUGGUGACAGGAAACUCUGCCCUCGACCUCUUCAACAGCAUCAUGGGGAAAACUCUCAGCAUGUUCCUGAAGAGCAUGGCCACGUACGUGUCCGACUGCUACGACAGCAUCGCCGUCUUCCUGUGCAUCCACAUCAUCCUCCGGUUCAGAGCCAUCACCGUCAAGAGGACCAUCCCUGCUCUCGACAAGUACUGGGAGGCGGUGUUGGAGCUGCUGUGGCCGAGGUUUGAAAUGAUUCUAGAGAUGAACAUCCACAGCAUCAGAAACACAGACCCUCAGAAACUGGGAGUACUGGACAGCAGACCACACUACAUCACUCGUCGUUACGCAGAGUUCUCGUCAGCCAUCGUCAGCAUCAACCAGACGUUUCCCAACGAGAGAACCAACACACUGCUGGGACAGCUGCAGGUUGAGGUGGAAAACUUUGUUCUAAAGAUGGCAGCAGAGUUUCCCUCCAGAAGAGACCAGCUCAUCUUCCUCAUCAACAACUACGACAUGUUGCUCAGCGUCCUCAUGGAGAGGGCGGCAGACGACAGCAAAGAGGUGGAAGGUUUCCAGCAGCUGCUCCUGGCCAGGACGCAGGAGUUCAUCGAAGAGAUUCUGUCGCCGCCCUUCGGAGGGAUGAUCGCAUUCGUGAAGGAGGCCGAGGCUUUGAUGGAGAAAGGGCAGCUGGACCGACUGAAGAACGAAGAAGCUCGUAUCACUCAGCUGGUUCGGGGGUUUUCCGGCACCUGGAAACAGUCGGUGGAGGCGAUGAGUCAGGACGUCAUGAGGUCAUUCACCAACUUCAAAAAUGGAACCAGCAUCAUCCAGGGCGCUCUGACCCAGCUGAUCCAGUACUACCACGGCUUCCACAAGGUCCUGAACCAGCCGACGUUCCGCAGCCUGGCCGUCCGCUCGGAGCUCAUCAACCUGCACCACCUCAUGGUGGAGGUGAAGAAGCACAAACCCAACUUCUAACGGGGCGGCUUCGUCGACGACACCAGACUGGCUGUUUAUUGAAACAUUUAUUAUUAUUAUUAUUAUUAUUAUUAUACCUGGAAACACCUGGAGUCUGGAGGUGUUGAUUCAUCCCCAGGUUCCUCCUCCCUCUCUCCCUCCCUCUCAUCUGAAGAACAUCAGUCAUGCUGCACUUUUAUUUUGGAAAGCAACACAAUGCAUUUUUUCCUGUCGAUCCCUCGUAUGUGUGUGUGUGCGUGUGUGUGCGCAUGUGUGUGUGUGUGUGUGUGUGAAGGCAAAAUGAAUCCAGCACAGGAAUGGCAGACCCGGUCGACCAUAAAUAGUGAUUAACAUCUUGAGGAUUUUAGCUUUUAAAGCUAUUUUGGUAAAAUUUUAUAUGAUAAUAAUCAUUAAUAAACGGUAAAUUGAUGGUUAA